AUGCCCCGAAUUUUGGCCAAAGUUGAGGGUAAAGGAAAUGGAAUUAAAACUGUCAUCGUUAACAUGGCAGAAGUUGCAAAGGCAUUAAAUCGCCCAGCAACAUAUCCAACAAAAUAUUUUGGAUGUGAACUUGGAGCUCAAACUCAGUUUGAUCAUAAAAAUGAGCGUUUUAUCGUCAAUGGAUCGCAUGAUGCAACUAAAUUGCAAGACUUGCUUGAUGGAUUCAUUCGAAAGUAUGUCUUGUGUCCAGAAUGUGACAAUCCUGAAACGGACUUAACUGUUGUCGCUAAAAAGGAAAUAAUUUCGCAAAGUUGUAAGGCUUGCGGUUAUCAUGGAUUGAUAAAAGUUCAGCAUAAAGUAAAUACUUUUAUUUUGAAAAAUCCACCAACACAAAAUCCAGCUCAGCAAGGUGCAUCCUUGACUGAAGGUAAGCGCUCUAAACGCUCCAAGAAGGCUGAUGGCAGUGAUUCUCAAAAUACUAAUGGCGAUCAAUCAAAGGAUUCUGAUGAUUUUAAUAACAGUAAAGUCUCGGGAAAUAACGAUGACGAUGAUGAUGAUGCUCAGUGGGCAACAGAAGUAAGUGAAGAGGCAGUACGUGCUCGUAUGCAGGAUUUGUCAGAAGGUGCAAAGAAUAUCACCAUUUCUGAGGAUACUGAAAAGACCGAAAAGCAACGUAUGGACAUAUUUUAUGAGUAUGUCAAGAAACGACGUGAUGCUGGCGAUUUGGAUAAUAUUCAAAUGCAUAAGGAAGUGCAUAAUGAAGCUAAACGCUUGGAAGUUAAUCAAAAAGCUCCAUUAAUUCUUGCCGAAUUGCUUUUCUCUGCUAAUUUAGUCAGUGACAUUAAAAAGCAUCGUGGCUUAUUGUUGCGUUUCACUCACGAAGAUGAAAAAGCCCAGAAAUAUUUAUUGGGUGGUGUUGAGCAAGUUAUUGCAUUGCAUGCUGCAAAGCUCAUGGAUAAAGUUGCAAUUAUAUUAAAAUUAUUUUACGAUACAGACUUAUUGGAUGAGAAAAUCAUUUUGGAUUGGGCAUCUAAAGUUAGCAAGAAAUAUGUAUCAAAGGAAGUUGCAGCACAGAUUCAUGAUAAGGCAGCACCAUUCAUUAAAUGGUUGAAAGAAGCUGAAGAGGAAUCUGAAGAUUCUGAAGACGAUGAUGAUAUUGUUGGAUUCGAUGAUCGUGCUAAAAUGGAUUUAUUAAAGAACAACGUUGUUAAACCGACAACUAAGCCUGUAGUUCAGGACGAUGAUGAUGGAGAAGAGCUUGACAUUGAUGAUAUUUAA